AUGUCCGCGUUGACUUCUGUCUGGUGGCCUGAGGAUCGCAUCAAGGCGACUAUCUGUCCAGAUUUUAUAUUCAAGAACCUCCCGCAAGGCACAUUGCCUCGCCUCGUUGCUCCGCUGCCAUGGGGUGAGGGUUUGACAAGCGAGACUUACCUUGAUUGGAUUCUCGCCAAAGCUGGAAGGCUAUUCCUAAUUCUUCUUGACAUCGGCAUACCUGGCCGCAUCUUCCACUUGGUGGAUGAAUCAUUCGACGAUAAUGACCUCCCCAUUGCCGCCCAUAGCGUCGACCGCUUGCAGCUGUCUCAGGAUCCAGAUCCGGAGCUGGAUUCCAAGUUCUUCCUCGCUCAAUGGCGUUUUCUCGUCCGAGGUAUCGGUGAAGGCGAGCAUAUCAAGUACACAGAGAAUGAAGGCGUUCCAGUUGAGGUUCUGCAGACGGGAACCAAUCUGGCAAAGGAAGGUGUUGAUAGGGUCGUCUUGGCUGGCGCGGUCUGCAGGGUUUACCUGCGAACCCAGGUGACUGUUGGCGGCGCGCCGCACUUUUUCGAAGAGGACGAAGUCCUUGAGGAGAUUCGAUCGAUGAGAAGGUUGGCUCACGAUCAUGUCUACUCUGUCUACGCAUCAUACUUUGCCGAUAACACAGUUUGCAUCCUUUUCUCGGGAGUAUAUGAGAGAAACCUUAUGUCCUUUCUGACAGACACCCCUCAGUCUUUCAAGAAGCUUGCGAAGGAGCGGCGGCGAGAAAUUCUAGUUAACUGGCCGCACUGUCUUGCGCACGGGCUAUCCUGGCUGCAUGCUCAUGGCCAAGUCCACGGCCUGAUUCGCCCAUCGAAUAUCCUCAUUGAUUCCGACUUCAAAGUCUUCAUUGGCCAGUUCGAAGCCUUAGAUACCUUACUUCCCCCAGUCAAAGUGGAUGACGUUGAAGCUUAUCAGUAUGGACCACCAGAGAGAUGGGUGCGGUCUAUAAGCGUUCAAAGCAGCGGGCCUACAGGCAGCACACUCCCUUCAGGAGGACGGACCGGUCGAAAAACUGGAGAACGCCCGAAACUGACUCUCAGCCGUCUGAAGGGCUUACAUAUCUCGGACCCUGAGGCUUUGAGCCCCCCUGCUGAGUCCGUUGCCUCUCAUGGCACCGUUAUUCGCGUUGGCGGCCAAGAAUCAUCCCGAUACUCGAUUGGAUUUUCCUCCUCUUCCGGGUCUAGCAACGGAAGCUCUAGUCGCAAGCGCGGCAUUUCGAUGAAACGUCCCAUACUCUAUACCCCGUCCAUCACGUCUUCCAACGGCUCAGGAUCCUCAGAGGAGCAAGGGACGAUCCUCUACAACUCUGUCGGGCUACCCACUGCACAUACCGGCGGUGGAGCACUGGUCCAAGUAUGGCAAUCUCGACAGACCGACCCAGAAGCAUCCGACAUAUUCUCACUCGGCGCCGUAGUUUUGGAUAUUUUUACUUACCUUUGCAAACGGAAAAUAUCCGCUUUUGCCAGCCAUCGAGGUGCAAAAAACCGAACGGCUGGUCGAGGUGGCGGUGUUGCAGAUUGUUCUUUCCAUCUGGACCGGAACAUUGGCCAAGUGAGCUCAUGGAUAACUCUUCUCGACAGCGACGCGAAGAAGCGCAAAGACCCCGUCUUCCAGGCCAUCCGGCCGAUGCUCGCAAUGUCGCGAGACAUGGAUAGCAUCGGCAUCACCAUCACCGUUACGAUCACGAUCGCGAUCUCGAUCACGCUCACGCUCUCGCUCUCCCAGGAAGCCAAAGAAAACCCCAAGCCCCCGACAAGCCAACUUCCAAGACGAAAACGGCCUAUUGAGCCCGACCCUUUCCUCUCAUCCGAGGACUUAUCUGAGCUCUUCUGA